AUGGCGCUAACAGAUCCCCCCCCGGACUCCGCAUCCCCCGCGACUAGUCGCGCCGCGCAGGCAUCCCUUCUUUUCCGACUCCCGCCGCCUCUCCGGCGCCGCAUCUACCUUUACCUCGGCCUGGAAUCCUCUCCCCUCGUCUGCGACCUGGACCCCCAGAACGGCCAUGCGCUCGAUGUAGCCGGUUCCGUCACCGCCCCGCUCUGCGAUCUCUUCCGGCCGCUCAGGAACCGUCACGUCCGCCUCGCCAAAAGGCCGGAUUCUCGGCUCCAGGAGGCGGCUCGGGAUGCCGUCAUGCAGGCACGCGGCAUAGCCGCUCCGUACUUGAAGCCGUCGUCAACACCAGCAGCAACGUCGUUGAUGGACCUACCGCGCGAGCUCCGCCUCCAAAACCUUGAAUACACCGACCUCAUCGUCCCGUGGAGGGAGGUCACAUGGAGCCGACAAGACCUCGGAUAUGUGGCAUUUGCCACUGAAAACAGUCCUCGCUGGGGCGAUGUUACUUGUACGCCCUCCCUCUUCAAUUGCUGGCGUAUCAAGGGCGAUGGGCAGUCCAUUGGUUGUUUUUGCCGCCGCUAUCAUUCCGCGUCAUCCUCCGCGUGCCGAUGCUGGCUCCCGCCGACUCCCCUAUUCCUUGUAUGCCGCACCCUAUACCAGGAAGCGCUGUUCGUCUUCUUCUCGAGCAAUGAGUUUUUCGUCCACGAUCUCCGGUCAGACCCGGCUUGGUACGACUACCCCAACGAGCGCCUCGCCGCCUCCCUAUUUCUCCGAGAAGUCACGCCUGCCUGCGCCCUUGUCCACCUCCGUUUUCUCGAACUCGUGUUUCCUGCUUACUUUGCCCCAAGCUGGCCGAGAGCCGGCCAGCCCGCGAUGCAAGAUUGGUUCGCAACCAUCGACUGGCUUCAAGACAAGAUCAACGCGCCGUAG